AUGCCACUUUAUGCCAAAUUUCUGAAAGAGCUUAUGACAAGAAAAAGAAACUGGGGAGAAAAAGAGACUAUAGUGCUAACUGAGGAGUGUAGUGCCAUCAUACAAAAGAAGCUUCCCCAGAAGAUGAAAGACCUAGGGAGUUUUCAAAUCCCUUGCAUCAUAGGGGAUAUCCAUAUUGAGAAAGCCUUGUGUGAUUUGGGAGCUAGCAUUAACCUCAUGUCCCUAACCAUGAUGAGGAGGAUAAAGAUUGAGAAAGCCAAGCCAACAAGAAUGGAACUCCAAUUGGCUGACAGAACAUUCAAAUUUCCACAUGGGGUAGUGGAAGACUUGCUGGUAAAAGUGGAGAAAUUCAUUUUCCCAGUUGACUUUGUUGUGCUGGACAUGGAAGAGGAGGCGAACACCCCAAUCAUCCUAGGAAGACCAUUCCUAGCCACUGCUGGAGCUAUCAUUAAUGUGCAAAAAGGGGAGCUAGUCUUGAGAUUGCAUGAAGAAAAGAUGGUCUUCAAUGUCUUUAAGGCUGUGAGCUACCCCCAAGGAAUCCAUGAGAGAAUGCAUGAUGGUGGACACUAUAGAACAGAUAGUUCAAGGGGUAUUGGAAGAGGAACAAUGUGA